GGUCUUUUAUUUUGACGUGCGUCUUCACAACGCAGUACCGCACAGGAAGUGCUUCGAACAAGGAAAGCGGAAGUUGUUGAAGGACCAACUUGUGUUUUAAUGUAAGCAUUCUCACGGCCAAUUUAUAUUUAAUGCGUAUGUUUAGUAAUAUACAGCUACAGUCUCUUUAAUCUCGCCGAAACGACUGCUUGUGUGCUCUUGGUGCCCGGGUGGAUCUGCGAUCUGCAUCGGCCUACAGUCUGAGCUCUUCUUCUUUUCCACUAUACCUCUGAACACUCAUACGACCUCCAUCUCUCUGUGUCCCACAUGAGCGCAGCGUUCUAUUCCCGCUGGGCCGAGCGCCAUGCCUGACCGGGAUAGCGCCUACCUGGCAGGUGGCGGCGGGGGUGGCAGCGGUACGGGGCUGGGCACCGGGGUCGGGGACGAAGGGGGGUCCGGGACGGGUGGAGAGGGUAGAGCGACAGGGGUUGGCGGCGCAGCCGGCUGCUCGGGAGGUAACGGGGGUCCCGGAGUCAUGGGAGGCGGCGGGGCUUUAGGAAAUGGCGCUUUUGGCUCCGGUUUGGGACUGGACGGCGUAUGCCGGGAUUUUUUGAGGAACGUGUGCAAGCGCGGCAAACGCUGCCGCUUCCGGCAUCCAGACUUCAACGAGGUUCCCGAUUUGGGCGUGCAGAAGAACGAGUUCAUCUUCUGCCACGACCACCAGAACAAAGAGUGCGUGCGCACCAAUUGCAGAUUCGUGCACGGCUCGAAGGAAGACGAGGACUAUUAUAAGAAAACCGGAGAGCUUCCGCUUCGGCUGAGGGGGAAGGUGGCGGCCGGGUUGGGGUUGUCUCCGACCGACCUCCCUUUGAGUCGCGGAGAGGUGCCUAUUUGCAGGGACUACCUGAAAGGAGAGUGCCAGCGGGGCAAUAAGUGCAAGUUCCGGCACGUCAGGAAGGAUUAUGAGUAUGAAGCCCCGUCCCGGGGUGGAGUCGGGUGUAUGAUGGGCGUCACCGGUGGCGUCAGCGGGAUGGUGAACGCCGGCGGCGGUGGAGCGGGAGGUGUGGGUGGUGCCUGCGGCGGGAUGUCUGGCCUCGUUGGCGGAGGUGUUGGUAACUACAUGGGUAUGGGGUGUCCCAGCAUGGGCGGCUGCAGAGAGCAGGGCAUGUCGGGUGGAGGAGGGGGCUCGUUGAGCAGCUGCAUGUCGAUGGGAACGGUGGGUCAUCGGCGGUACGACAGGGGCCCUUGCUCCGUCUACGACCCUCUGUUUGAGAAUGGCAUGUUUGAAGCGGGGCCGGUGGAGGCGCCUGUCGACCACACGGCCCUCCAGCUGAAGAGACGGCGCUUGGAGGGGCUGCGGUUGACCGACGGGACCGCUGGGGGACAUUAUGACCUGGGGGUUCAGACCACCCUCUCGACCCGGCCGUUAGAGUACCGCUUACUGGAGGAGGAGAACGCCCUGCUGAGGAAAAGAGUGGAGGAGCUGAAGAAACAGGUGUCCAAUCUCAUAGCCACCAACGAGGUGCUCCUGGAGCAGAACGCUCAGUUCCGGAGCCAGGCCAAAGUGAUGACGCUGUCCUCCACCCCCGCUCCGUCUGAGCAGAGUCUGGCGCCCCCUGUCGGUUCGGUCAGCUCCUACAACCAUGGCAUCGCCCAGACGCACACCACCCUGAGCAGCGCCGGUCUGCAGCCCCGUCCCGUCACGCAGCAGGACCUGGUGGCCCCGUCCGGAGCUCCGACCGCCCCCCCGGCCAACGCGGCGCCCCCUACAGCACCCCCCCCGCACCUGAACCCCGACCCCAUCUCUGCCGCCCUCGCUCAGACUAUCGCCCAGGGAAUGGCGCCGCCCGUUUCCAUGGCGCCUGUGGCGGUUUCGGUCGCACCGGUCGCUGUGUCGAUGGCACAGCCUCUGCCGGGCAUCACGAUGAGCCACGCGACCACACCGAUGGUGUCCUAUCCCAUCGCCAGUCAGAGUAUGAGGAUCACAACCUUGCCUCAUUAGCACGAACAAGCGUUUUCAGCGGUGUAUACACAAGUCGGACAAAUUCCCUUUCGUUUAACUUACCAACAACGCAGUAGGUUUCUCAGGUGAAGGCUCUGUUUUGACUGAAGGAACUUUCUGUAUAGACAAAACACAGAUCUCCUCUUGUGAAUAUAUGAAGCGCGUUUCGGUUUUCUUGCCACGCUUUGGCGUACGAUUGCCUUGAAGAGAGACGAAAGGAGGAUUCCUUGGAGAUUGUGGACGUUUAUUGACUCAUUUCGAAAGAUGUAACUAAUCACUACAGGAUUGUGAAUUUACUUGUUAGCCGUCGCUUUUAGUUUGACUUUUUUUUAAUAGUUUGUUUCGUGAACUGCUUCUGUGUGAACCGAUUAUUGGUCUUUUGCACAAACUUAACGAAUCUGAAUUAAUGAAGCACCAUUAAUAAUUCUCGUAUUGUUUUUCACACAACGAAUCAUAUGUGGGCAUAAAAAUGUUUUAUUUAUUUCUUUCGGAAACUAAGUAACUGCAUUUUUCCGUCUUAAUUAUUGGCCAUGUUUCGUUCAUCUUUGGUGAGUAUCUUUCUGAAAUGUCGAUGAAAAAUUAUAUUUCUUAUCAAACCAAA